AUGGUAACACCUGGAUCUACCUGGAUGGUGGGUAUGAACCCAAAAGCACGAUGGCCUACGAGUCCGACGGCACUAUAUGUAGGGAAUGCAUCCGAUGCACUUAUUGGCCAUCUUUACCACCAUGGCUAUACUAUCAGCUGCUACACUUUCAGUUCCCCUGGCCAUGAAUCGAUGACUCACACGUUACCUCAAUAUCCAACCCACAUUGAAGUUAUGAUAUUUGGCAACUACAACAUCCUCAAACAACGUUUGGGGCAAAAAAAGAGCCCCAAAUUUUGUGGCAAGCUCCCUACGCCAACCGGCCCUAUGGGUGUACCUCCCACCGCCACAUUUAUCGGCGGCGGAAUUCACUACAAACAAAGUUAUAUUGGCACAGAAGUCAUACAUACAUGUUUGUUAUUUGAAUUCCAAGCUUGA